AUGAAGGUUGAAACAUCCUAUCUGUUGGCGUUGGUGCUUGGAUUGUCUCCAACAGCCGCUGCUAAAGAUCCUCGGUCCAUUGGAGAACAAUCAACCUCGGUCUCACUAGAGUCUUACUUCAACAAUAAAGCAUUCGGCGCUCAGCCCGGAGAUGCAGCUUUUGAUGCUCUAAAUGAAUCAUAUCCAGACCCUGCCAUCAUCGGUAUCACUGGUGGAAUAUACACAUCUACCAAAACUGGUGUCGUCUAUGAAUUCCCAGGCCUUCAGCCGGAUCCAUCAAAGCCAGACAAUGUGAUCUGCUCAGGCCAGGAGAUUGCUUUACCUAAAUCACGCAAGAACUCAAAAUAUUUCUCUGCAUCUAUGUUAGUAUCCUCAGAUGUUGAGUUGUCCACUGUAUCCGGGAAUGUGACAUACACGUAUGCGGAUGGCUCGACGUUGGUGUCCGAGUUGCGUAGUUUACCAUGGUGGGCAUUUCUCACCAUCAACCGAGGCGAGAUUAUUUUCCCAUAUCGAUUCACCAGUAACGACACAAAUUGGAAUACCUCGCAUAUUUUUGAGUACACUGCAUCAUUAGAUCCGAGCAAGGACCUCCAGUCUAUUACACUUCCAGACACUUCUAAUGCCACCACUGGUAGACUGCACGUCUUUUCCGUGUCCUUGUGGGAAUCUUCCAAGGCCAGAUCGUCUGCUCAAGUUCAAUUCGUACGACCAACUCAGAAAUGGACUGAAAAAGGGAACCAGGUGAUCGAACUCACCAUCAAUAAUCCUGGUUUAGAAUGCAUAUCGGGUCAGGGAGUAGGGGUCUCUUUAUCAAUGCUUGGAGUUGAAACAGUAGAGCCAGGCCAUAUCAAACGUCUCUGCCCCGGAGACCAGAAACGCGUAGAUAUUGGCGUUAAGGGCGCUGCGAAUGGAUCUGCUGAUGUUCUUCUUACUUAUGGCCCAUACUCUACUGAUGAACAGCACAUUACGAAUGUUUCCAUCUCUGGAUUGACUGAGUGGACUUCUGAUCUGUCGAGUCUUGCACAGCACGAAAGUCCGCAGUGGUAUGAUGAUGCCAAAUUUGGAAUUUUCAUCCAUUGGAGCGCGUUUUCGGUUCCAGGUUGGGGUAACUCAACUCCGUACGAGAGCUAUGCAGAGUGGUUUUGGUGGUACUCAACCCAUCGGCCAGCAGACAAGUCAGACUUCUAUGAUUAUCGUCUUCGCACAUUUGGCCCUGAUUGGAACUAUGACGAUUCAUUCCAAAACUUCACAGCUGCGAAAUGGGAUCCAAAAGAAUGGGUCGAUCUCAUUUAUGCAUCUGGAGCCAAGUACUUUGUUCUCACGACGAAACACCACGACGGCUUUGCUCUAUUCAACACGUCGCGCACCACCGACCGCAAUGCUUUGCUCUAUGGGCCUCAGCGUGAUCUUCUCAAGGAUCUCUUCACUGCGGCCGAAACAUACCAGCCAAGUCUCCGACGCGGUACCUAUUUCUCUCUGCCUGAAUGGUUUAACCCAGAUUUCGCACCGUACGGUUUCGCUCAACUCGGCGGAAACGCAUCGACCAGCUGGCCCGGUAUCAUUGCCCGAAACCCCUACACGGGUCUUGACGAGCCGUAUACAGGCCGCCUCCCCAUCGACGACUUCAUCACCGACCUGAUGGUACCGCAAAUGGAGAUUCUUGCGUAUGACUACUCAACUGAUAUCAUGUGGUGCGACUGCGGCGCUGCCAACGGAACAGCCCCCUUCGCCGCAUCCUGGUGGAAUCAAGCUCGGUCUCAGAACCGCCAGGUCACAAUCAAUUCUCGAUGUGGUCUUGCCGAAGUCGCCGAUUUCGAUACACCGGAAUACGCAACAUUUUCCUCUGCCCAGCUCCGCAAGUGGGAAUCAAACGAAGGCAUGGACCCGUAUAGCUACGGGUACAAUCGAGCUACGGCAGACAGCGCAUAUAUGAAUGCUACCACGAUCGUUCAAGACCUUGUGGACAUGGUAAGCAAAAAUGGGAAUUUCCUACUUGAUAUUGGACCCCGUGCAGACGGCACUAUUGUCGAGAGGGAGGCACAGAAUCUGCGUGAAGCUGGAGAAUGGAUUCAUGCACACGAGGAAGCGAUUUUUAAUACAACAUAUUGGUUCGUUAUGUCGGAGCUUGUUGCGGAUGGGAACAAUGUCAGAUUCACGCAAACUGAUGAUGCGUUUUAUAUUCUCUUUUUGGAUAAACCUACGCAAGAGAAGGUUUACCUCGAUACACCAUUGCCAUUGUUGCGGGGAGAUGUGGUUACCGUCGUUGGAAUGGGGGCACAUUCCUCGCAAAUUGAAUGGGUGAAGGAGCAUAAGAAAGGAUCCGGCAAUGGGUUUACUUUUUUAAUUCCCGAGGGUGUCUGGGAGGAGGAAAAAUAUUGCUGGGUUUUGAAAAUUUCUUAUAAAGCUUAA